AUGCCUCCAAUGAACAUAUGCCCAGGAUUUGCUAAUUGGACAAAUCACUGUUUCACCCCUGUGACAGAAAAAGCGAAAUUGAGGCUGCUCAGAGAGAUUGCAUCUGCUGAGGCUCUCAAGACUACAAUCAUUGGAACUUUAAAGGCUCAAGAUCUAGCUACAGCUACUAGCCCUAUGGCCAAUUUGCCUGGACAUGACAAUCAAUUUGAAGAAAACGAAUCGUGGGGACCUAAGACUACUGCAGUACCCGAAGACCUGGAAUGCUGCAGCCUUUGGAGUAGACAGUUGAUUAGGACAUAUUAA